AUGAGCACCGUCAACGCCUUUCCUGCCGCCCCGCCGCAGCCCCGCGAGCAUCUGAACAUCAUCUAUUCUGAUGAGGGCAAGCGGUACAAGCUCAGCUUGCGCACCCCGAUUGGCCGCCUCACAAUUGGCAAGGUGAAGCAGUGCCUCGCCGCCGCCAGCUCGUGCCCAAUCCCGCUGCAAGACAUGGUUCUGCACCUCAACGGAGUGCCGCUGAGCAACGACAAGGAUUUGUGCUCCAGCCUCGGCAUCGGCAAUGGGGCCACCCUCUCCGUGGAGCCUCGGCAUCCACCGCGCAAGUCCAACGGCGGCGAAAGUGAUGGCGACGGAGAUGCGUGGCAGCGCCACAGCCCGCGAAGGCGAGGGGCGAGGGACGCGCAAUCGCCCGUCGGCGCUGCAGCCGCCGGUGCCACCGCGCCGUCUUCGCCGUCAUCACCGCUCCCGAUGUCGCGCCAGCGCCGCCUGCUGGAGCUGCAGACGCUCCAGCAGCAGGACGCGAUGCUGCACAACGACAACGUUGUGCGGGAUGACGUGUUGCGGCACACGAUGCACCGCGUUGAAGAAGAAAUAGACCAGGCAAACCUGCGCCGUCGCCAGCUCCAGCGGCAGCGCGAGAGCGCGGAAGAGGAGCUGCAGCGCAUGAGUGAAAAGGAGGCCGAGGCGGCACGCGAGCGGGAGCGGCUUGCCCUGCUGCGGGCGCAGGAGGCGGCACGCGCGACCGAGCGGGCGGCGCAGCUGAUGGAGCGUCGUGAGCAACUCCGUGCCGACCAGGAGGCCGCCCGCGCCGUGGCGAUGCUGAAGCUCGAGAACGAGAAGAAGAAGGCACUGCUGGCGCAGCAACAGGCAUUCUUCGACGCCGAGCGAGAGCGGGCGCAGCUGGAGCAAGAACACUUCGAGGCCACAGCCAAGACUCGCGAGCUUGAGCUGCGGGCGCGCGAAAUCGACAUAGAGCAUCUGCGGCUCGCUCGCAUCCGUGAAGCGCGGGCACUGGACAUGGAUCGCCGCCUGGCCGUGAAGCAGCGACUGCACUACUACGCCCAACUUGGCGUUGAGGCACCGCGGGCGCUGCAGCGCGAGGCGGCGGCGCUGUUCCUGACCGAAGAGGGAGAGACGGAUGACGAUGCGGAGGGUGAGGAGCCGGUGGGCGACGGCUGCAGGCGCUGGCCUAGCGCCCAGCGUCAUCGCCCGAACUCCAAGAUGAGCGUCACGGGGUUCAAAGGUCACACCGGCAAGGCGGUCGCAAGUAGUCUAGACACGGACAACAAUGACCUCGUGUGCAGCCGCGGGCCAUCGUCGUCUCCGCUGUCGCACGCCGGCCAAGGUGUUGCUGCGGUGGCAAUAAUGCCAGAUGGCGGCUUCUAUGAUGCGCGCGAGAACGCCGAGGAGAACCUGCGGCGCCUCGGCGACGACCUCGGCCUCCGCGACAGGCUGCAGUUUGACGACAGUAACACCUGCGUCAUCAGCAUCGACGGCGAGUACACGCUUCUCGUGAUGUACGACGCCGCGACGGAGCGACUUUACCUCUACUCGACCUUGCUGGCGUCGCUGCCGCCGGUAGUGCAGGCCACGGCCGAGGGUCGGCUGAAGCUGUAUGAGUUCCUGCUGGAGGCGUCGCUGCUGGGGCGCGAGAUGUGCGGUGGCGGCGUCGGUGCCUCGUUGCGGAACGACUUUGUCCUCAUGUCCGCCAGCCUGUACAUGCCGACGAGCCAACCGUGGUCGCUGCGCACCCUGGCGCCGCAGUUCUUGCACUGUCUCCGGCACUGGCGCGCGAAGCUUACCGAGUUCUUGCAGACCCUGGAGGCUCAGGAGGGCCACGCCCAGAGCGGUGGUACUGGUGCUGGGCCGGCAACCCCGCCAGCGGCGGCACGACAACCGCCACAGCACCAUGUGUAUACUUCCUCUGCAUCCUCCCUAUCGCCCUCCAUGACCCGCAGCGCCCCGCGCGCCGACUCAGCGGCCACCAGCGUCGCCAGUCCUCAGCCGAAAAGCUGCGCAACCUCCCCAUCUCCGUUGCAGGCCUUCAACACGGCGGCGUUAGCGGCGACACCACUGGCGGCGCCGCACACCUCGUCGUCCAACGGCACUGCCAAGCGGGUUCUUCCGGUCCUGGGACUCGAGGUGACCGGCACCGUGCUGGUCAAUGGGGUGCCGACACACUACCAGGACGGCGUCCUGGUAGUGAACGCGGCGGGUCCGUCGGUGCUCGCUGGGGUGCAGCCGAACGACUUCAUCGAAGAGCUGAACGGGGCACGCAUCCACAACGUCGGCGACUUCCGCCGUGUCAUCGAGGAGCAGCUGACGCCAGGCAUGCUUGUGCCGGUGCGCAUCAACCGUGGUGGGGUGGCGAUGGUGGUGACAGUGCGCGUAGAGGCAGGGCGAUCCCUGUAG